UUUUACCAUAAAUUAUAUUUUAACUGUUGACUGUUGCUAAAAUUAGGUCACGUUGGUUGUAGGUCAAGCUUAAGAACUUUUAUUUUGAAGGUUAACCACCAAGUUGCAGCAGAACCGGAUGUUACUCUUUGAGCCAUAUGUUGUCUAACGUGAGUAGAGCGGACUCGGUUUGUUGUGCUGAGGAAGUGUGUGUGAGCUCCAACAGUACUGGUCCAUCAGAGCCUCUGUGUGUCCGGAUGAACCUGUCUGAUGGACUUUGUGCUGCUCACCUUCUUUCUGAAUGUUUUACCUCUGACUCGUCUCCCGGUAGCUACAAAGCUAUUGACGCUAGCUUAGCAUGCUAGCUGGUUAGCAACACAGUUUGAAGGAGAGCAAAGAGUGUUUUUGACGGAGUUUGUUCGGAGGAAAAGUUUCUGUCAUUGCGUGAAAAAUGUCUAAAGUCCAAAUGCUGAGAGCGUUGGUGGAGCAGCGACUAACUGCGGCUGCUGAAGAGAUAUUUGGGCUGUUUGAAGGAACGAUAGCAGAGUACGAGGAGGAACUUUGUCGUUCAAAAGAGAAGAACGAGCGACAACAGAAACUGCUGGACGCUGUUUUAAACCCUCAGCUUCGGUUACACAGAGCAGAGCUCCCACAGCAACAUGUCUGUAAGGAGGAGGAGGAUCUCUCUGACCAGGAGCUCAACAUGCCAGUUAUAACCUCUGUGGUAUCAGAAGCAAACAGUGACCACCAGCUCCUCUCUCACAACUCUCAUGAAGCUGAGAGCCAAGAUCAGAAAGGAGGCAAGCAUGGAGACUCAGGAUCAACUAGAAAUGCAGAGCCAGAACCAAAGAAGAGACGACUAAAGAGCAGAAGUCACAGGAACAACGUAGACAACACGAACAUGUCAGAGAUUCACCCUAAUACUCAAACAGAGCUCCCACAGCAACAUGUCUGUAAGGAGGAGGAGGUUCUCUCUGACCAGCAGCUCUGUAUUCAGGAGAAGAAAUCCAGUCUGGACCAAGAGGACCCAGAGCCUCCAAAGAUUAAAGAGGAACAGGAUGAACUGUGCACCAGUCAGGAGGGAGAGCAGCUUGUACUGAAGCAGGAGACGGAUACCUUUCGUCACAGUAACAACGUAAACAACACUAACAUGUCAGAGAUUCACCGUAAUUCUCAGACAAAUGUCCAGCAGCUGUCGGUGGUUAAAGCAGAGGUUCCCCCUGAGCAGCAGGAGUGGAGCUCCAGUCUGGACCAGGAGGACCCAGAGCCCCCCCCACACAUUAAAGAGGAACAGGAGCAACUCUGGACCAGUCAGGAGGGAGAGCAGCUUCAAGGGCUGGAGGAGGCUGAUAUCAAGUUCCCGUUCACUUCUGUCCCUGUGAAGAGUGAAGAAGAUGAUGAAGAGAAAGCUCAGUCCUCACAGCUUCAUGAAAGCCAAACUGAGGAGAACAGAGAGGCAGAGAGAACAGAAGCUGAUGGAGAGGACUGUGGAGGACCAGAACCAGCCAGGAACUCAGAUCCAGAUAGUCCUUUACAACCAGCUACUCAUGACAAGACUUCAGACUACUCUGAAUCUCAGACUGAUGUCAGCGGUGAUUUGGAGGAGACUAGGGAACCUCAGUCAGGUUUAAACCCUCUGAAAAACAAUGAAGUAGCUGUAAGUGAUGUGGAAUGUAAUACUGGAAACACAUCAGUUAGCUCCUCUGAAUGUGCUGGAAGCUUUGGCCACAAGAAACCUCUGCAGAAACACUCUGGAGUCCAAACAGGAGGGAAACCAUUUAGUUGCUCAGUUUGUAGUAAAGGAUUUACACUAAAGGAAACUCUGAAACGUCACUCGGUCGUACACACGGGGGAGAAACCAUUUAGUUGUUCAGUUUGUAGUAAAAGAUUUGCAAGAUCUGAAACUCUGAAACGACACUUUAUUGUCCACACAGGGCACAAAUCAUUUAUGUGUUCAGUUUGUAGUAAAAGAUUUGCACACAAGCAAAGUCUUAACAAACACUUGGCUGUCCACACAGAUGUCCAGCAGCUGUCGGUGGUUAAAGCAGAGGUUCCCCCUGAGCAGCAGGAGUGGAGCUCCAGUCUGGACCAGGAGGACCCAGAGCCCCCCCCACACAUUAAAGAGGAACAGGAGGAACUCUGGACCAGUCAGGAGGGAGAGCAGCUUCAAGGGCUGGAGGAGGCUGAUAUCAAGUUCCCGUUCACUUCUGUCCCUGUGAAGAGUGAAGAAGAUGAUGAAGAGAAAGCUCAGUCCUCACAGCUUCAUGAAAGCCAAACUGAGGAGAACAGAGAGGCAGAGAGAACAGAAGCUGAUGGAGAGGACUGUGGAGGACCAGAACCAGCCAGGAACUCAGAUCCAGAUAGUCCUUUACAACCAGCUACUCAUGACAAGACUUCAGACUCCUCUGAAUCUGAAUCUGAGACUGAUGACAGUGCAGACUGGGAGACUAGGGAACCUCAGUCAGGUUUAAACCCUCUGCAAAACAAUGAAGUAGCUGUAAGUGAUGUGGAAUGUAAUACUGGAAACACAUCAGUUAGCUCCUCUGAAUGUGCUGGAAGCUUUGGCCACAAGAAACCUCUGCAGAAACACUCUGGCGUCCAAACAGGAGGGAAACCAUUUAGUUGCUCAGUUUGUGGUAAAAGAUACCUUCUGAAGAAGACCUUAAUGACUCACAUGAGAGUUCAUUCAGAAGAAAAAUGUUUCACCUGCUCAGUUUGUAAAGCAAGUUUCUGUAAGCCUAGCAGUUUGGUUAGACACAUGAGAAUCCACACGGGUGAGAAACCAUUUAGUUGUUCAGUUUUUUGUGAUAGAAGAUUCUCUCGGCUCAGUCAUGUCAAAAGUCACAAGUGUGUUGGUGAGAGCAGCAGAAAGAAGUGAAGCUGCAGAGAUGCUCGCUGAGACAGUUAGUCAAGUACUGAGUUCAAGUCUUUGUUCAACACUAAUCAGCUAUAAACUGUCAGACUUAAGGCUGCUACAGACCUCAAAAUAAGCUUGUUUUCAGCUAAAAUGAAUACACAAUCGUUAUAAUUCUGUUUUUAUUUAUCUUUAUUUUGUUUUCUGGCAUACGCUAAAUGGUAUCAGCAGUGAGGAAACUCAAGCAAAGUAUUCAACCUUGUUACUAUUGGAGGAGGGGUGGCGGUGAUGCGUGAUCAUAGCUUCUUAGGAAUUGUAACACUUUUGUUUUAUACAGUUAUUUGAAUAAAUCAAAGUUAAACUUGAA